AUGAAAAGUGCGCUCCGUCGAGCAAGCACGCAGCCCGAAGCUGGCGAAGCAUCACAUCCAGAUACCGUGGGAGCCAAGCACACUUCAACGACGCCUCUCGAUGGCCUUCGCCGUCCUAGCCUUGCGAAUAUCUCUCGUCGUCUGGGCCGAUCCAAGAAGUCACAGCCAACCAGCACGCCUCCCUCCACUGACGAUAACCAUCUCGGCACCCUCUUCAUCUCCCUCCCUAACGAGCUCCACGCCCUUGUCCUCACCUUUCUAGACCCAACCGAUAUCCUCUCGCUUCGCCUGACUUCUCACGCGACCUUCUCCAUUCUGAACCACUGCGCGUCCACCCUUCUGAACACGCAUUUUCCACAGUGCCUCACGCAUGUGAGAGUAUCUCACGUCCUCUCCCUCCAUCCACCUUCCCUACCGAACACCUCAUUAAAUCACCACCUCGUCCUCCUCAGGCGCAACGCUCUUGUCACCCAAACCACCAACCUCCUCAACGCCUUCAUGCAAAUGAAGAUCUACAUGCUUCCGCCCUCGCGCCAACAUCCCGAGCGCAUCACCGUUCUCGGCACUGCCCGCACUGCUCUCCUGACGCAGCACCUCCAUCCAGCCCUCUGGACCGCUGACCACUACCUCUCCGCAUACCGUAAUCUCCUCCUACAUACCCACCCGAGCCACACCUCCCGCGAACGUUCCCGUUUCUGGCGCUGCGUACCGUGUGGCCAGACUCUGACCGAAACGGUCGCGGGCUAUGCCCCUGAGUCACUCUUACCCGCCUACCAGGCGAUGCGCCUGCUCGGCAUCCACCUGAAAGCGAGCUCGCGCGCGCCGACGUACGCGGGCACUAUCGAGCGCGCGCUGCGACGAUGGACCCGGCGACCGGCAGCGGAGGAGGAGCUUGCGAUCGUGAUGUUACUGGGCGGCCUUGAUGUGAUGCGCCGCGUAACGAUGCUGCGAGGAACCUACAACUCCCGGCUGGAGAUUGUACGGGGCUUUCUGGAGGAGGUAGAGGAAGCGGUGGAGGCACGCAAGCUACAGCAGCAGCAGGGAAAGGACCAGCGUGAGAAGUCGCGGGUUGGGCGCAUGGUCGUUGGGAAACGGGGGAUUGAGCGCGUUGAGCUCCUUGAGGACGCUACUGCAGACAGGUCGACCGAGAGAGUAGGCGCGCCGGACGGCUUGCCCCUCGAUCACAAGGGUAAAGGGGUAGAUGCUAGACCUCAGGCCAACGACACGUCCUCUGCGCCACCAGAAACCUCACGAUCGAUCUCGGGAGAUGACGACCCAAUAGCCGCCCUGGCCCUCCCACACCACCUCCUGACAGAAGGCGUCCUGGACCAGAUCCCACUUCUCGAAGACAUCCUCCUGCCCGAACUCCGACGUCGCAUCGAGGCAGAAGGCUUAGUGGACCACCUCCCCGAGGAGGAUCGCGAGGAGGAGCUCGAGACGCCGUUCCACUGGGUACGGCGAGUCAUCUGUGGGGAAGAGGAGGGGCUCAAGAAUGAAAAUCAGAGCACACAGCAGGACGAGGAGGAGCCCGCCCAUGAUGCUGGUAUAGGUGUUUGGGAUGCGGCCGCAACGCAGGCUGCGCAGGCGCCGCAACAGCCGACGCCGCCUCAGCAGGGUGGGCGGCGAGGCAGCGGCAGUCCAGCGAUGUUUGGCUCGAUGAGCCGACAUAUGCUUGUUUCGCUGGGGAGGGAUGAUUGA